UAUCAUCUAUGAAACCUUCAACGUGGAAGGUCACAUACUCGUGCUUAUGUCCUACAGAAACUGUUUUAAUAUAUACUUACCAAAUUGUUAUCGUAUAUAGAUAACAUAUGUGCAAUCCUAAUUCAGAAAUUAUUUUAACCCUUAUGAUAAAUAGCAAGUUAACAUAACAUAUUCUUUUUGAUUAUAAAAAUAUCAUUUCGUAGUGCUGCUCAACUGAGAACUUUAGGUGGGGGUCUUUUUAAUAAACGAAAUCGUUUAAAUCUGAUUAGCAUUCGUUUAAAUUCUAGUUAGUAUUGUGUGGAAGUGACUUCGAAAUGAUCAAGACAGCUGCGUCUCCGUUAAUUCGUACGAUACGAAGUUAUUCAAAUGUUGCUCCAACAACCAAACUCUUCAUAGACGGACAAUUCCAAGAUUCCAAGGCGACAGAAUGGGUGGAUUUACAUGACCCGGCUACCAACAAUUUGGUAACGAAGGUUCCACUUUCAACGAAAGCUGAAAUGGAGUCAGCUGUAGAGUCUGCCAAAAAUGCCUUCAGUUCGUGGAGUAAGACAUCAGUACUAACCAGGCAGCAACUGAUGUUGAAGCUGCAGGCGGUUCUCAGAAGAGACAUGAAGAAGAUAGCGGAAAAUAUAACGCUGGAACAAGGAAAGACUCUGGCAGAUGCUGAAGGAGAUGUUAUGAGAGGAUUGCGUAAAUCACAAACUAAUCCAGUGGUUAUUCACGGUACCCACGAUUCUGUCAACUUUAUCUGCGAUAAUACAGACAUCAAAGCAAUCAGUUUCGUAGGAUCCGACAGAGCUGGAAAACACAUCUACCAACGUGGAGCAUCGAACGGAAAACGCGUUCAGUCGAACAUGGGUGCCAAAAAUCACGCGAUUGUUUUACCAGAUGCCAAUAAAGAUGCCGCUAUCGACCAGUUGAUCGGUGCUGCCUUUGGCGCUGCAGGUCAGCGCUGUAUGGCACUGAGCGUAGCAAUUUUAGUCGGAGAAGCUCAGAACUGGAUAGGAGAAAUAGCUGAAAGGGCAAAGAAACUGAAGGUGAAUGCAGGGCAUGAGCCAGGAACUGAUGUGGGACCCGUCAUUUCGCCGCAGUCGAAACGGAGGAUUCUACAACUUAUCGAGUCAGGAAUCAAACAGGGUGCAAAAUGUCCACUAGAUGGAAGAAAUAUCAAAGUAGAAAAAUAUCCAAAUGGAAAUUUCGUAGGACCCACUCUCCUGACAGAUGUUUUACCUUCCUACGAAUGCUACAAAGAAGAAAUCUUCGGCCCGGUAUUAUGUAUCAUGUCUGCGGAUACCUUGGAAGACGCCAUCCAAAUCAUCAACUCAAAUCCUUAUGGUAAUGGCACGGCCAUAUUUACCUCAAACGGAAGUCACGCAAGACAGUUCAUCAACGAAGUGGAUGCUGGUCAAGUCGGUGUAAAUGUUCCUAUUCCUGUUCCUCUGCCGAUGUUUAGUUUUACUGGCUCAAGAGGUAGUUUCCAUGGUGAUUUGCACUUCUACGGUAAGCAAGGAUUGAACUUCUACACCCAAACCAAGACUGUAACUUCUUUAUGGAGAAAAGGAGUAGCUGCUUCGAAACCUGCUGUUUCCAUGCCAGUCCAUAAUUAAUAAAAGCGUAAUAUGGAAAGAUAUAUUAUUCACUAUGUUUCAUUCAACAUUGGCUGUCAUAUGAAUACAGAGAAACACUUUCACAAAAUAUCGAGACAAUCUGUAUUUUUCUCCGCUAAUUAUAUUUUUCAAUUAAUAAAUGACAUAUACAUAACAAAAUACUU